AUGGCCGACCCGCACAUCCACACCUACCACUGCAUCUGCACCGAACUCGUCCUGGCCCUCUUCACGCCUCUGGAAAACCUGCCGAAGCGGAAAAGCGACGGCGCGCGCAUCUGCAAAAUCGCCAAAUCCGACCUGCCCGUCCCCGCGGGCGUCGUGCUCUCCGGCUCUACCCUCGAUGCUGAGGAAGCAGUCGUGCUGAAGCUGGACGACGGUUUCGAGAAGCGCUUCUUUGUGCGGUGCGGGCGCUGCGAUUUGAGGGUGGGGUAUCGGCUUGAUCGGAGUCAAUUUGGGGAGGAUGAGGCUGGGGUGCGGUCGGACGUGUUGUAUUUGAUGGCUGGUGGGUUGGUGAGUACGGAGGAUAUGACGGCUGGAAAGAAGUUGGGCGAGAAUGAUGGAGUUGGGGAUUGA